CCCUAAAAAUUUGAAACAAGUUUUAUCCUUUCCGCCAAGAACCAGGAGGAGAAGCAGAAGGAGAAAGCACUGUUCAAGUUGAUUCAAACAUUUGGGUUUAGGGCAAAAAUCCGUAUCUGCUUCCUCAUACAAGCAUCCAAGAAGAAGAGCAAUAGCAAUGUCGGACAUUUUUCCAGACGAAAUCAUGGUUGAAAUCGUCUAGAGACUACCCACCAAAUCCCUAAUCAAAUUCAGCCCAAACGUUUUCAGAAAUUACUCUCUCUCUCGGUCGUCGCCGCUGCCCAUUGCCACCGCCGAGACCUGUUUUGCUUUCGCCGCCGCAUCCGCCGCCACGGAGAAAAGCUCCCAAAGCUGUUGACGAAGAUCUCUACAGGAUCUCGCCGGAGCUCCUCCACCGAAGAUCAUUUGCAGAGAGAAGGUGAAGUGCAAUGGCGUUGUCAUUAUCGAAGUGGCUCGUAGACCCCAAGAAGAACUGGUUCGCUGCUCAACACAUGAAAUCUGUCUCUACACGCCUCCGCAGAUACGGUUUGCCCUAUUACGAUCUGGACGUGAAGGAAUCCCACACUCGAAUCAUUGAACCUGAACCCGGAGUUAUGACUCCCAAUUCGAAGAGAACCGGCGUCAUCGCAGUCAAGUGUGGAAUGACUGCACUUUGGGACAAGUGGGGGGCCAGGGUUCCCAUCAGCAUUCUUUGGUUGGACUAUAACAUCGUAUCUCAAGUCAAGACCCCCCAAAAUGAAGGAAUCUCUGCUCUCCAGAUUGGUUGCGGGCAUAAGAAAGAAAAACAUUUGACAAAACCCGAAGUGGGUCAUUUCAGAGCUCAGGGUGUUCCAAUGAAGAGGAAAUUGAGGGAAUUCCCAGUCUCAGAGGACGCACUUCUUCCUCUUGGUUUUUCCAUUGGUGUUCGCCAUUUUGUUCCUGGCCAGUUUGUUGAUGUCACCGGAAUUACAAGAGGGAAAGGUUUUCAGGGUGGGAUGAAAAGAUGGGGAAUGAAAGGAAAUCCUGCAUCUCAUGGUGCAUCAUUGUCACAUCGAAGUAUUGGUUCUACGGGUCAACGGGAUGCUCCUGGAAAGGUUUUCAAAGGCAGAAAGAUGCCUGGGCGCAUGGGUGGCAAGCAACGGACAGUUAAGAAUGUUUGGGUUUACAAAAUAGACCCAGCAAGGAAUUUGAUGUGGGUGAGAGGCCAAGUUCCAGGAGCUGAAGGAAACUUUGUGUUUAUAAAAGAUGCUGUUUACAAAAAACCUGAUAUUUCGAUGCUUCCAUUUCCUACAUAUUUUGCCCCAGAAGAUGAGAACCUAGAAGAGUUGGAACCUCUGGUUGCUGAUCUCGGGGAAGUAGAUCCGUUUAUGGUAGCAGAUUAAUUAGAGCUGGGUCUGGGAAUUCCCCAAAAAUAAGGCACUGGAGGAUGAUGCAUCCCCGUCCUUAGCCUUAACAGGUUUGACAAGCGAAGAGACUUGAGGAAAGCACUUCAUAUUUAAUAUUCUUUUCUUUUGAAUGUAUUAAGUUACCCCGCUGUGAGGGGUGGGAUACUUGGUUUGAUCUUAUCUUUCUUAGACUUGUUUUCUGAUUUUUUUUUCAUAUCUCCAAACAGUUGAGUUGUGAGCUGUGACUACCUGUGAAAUAUAAUGUUAUGGAAACUGUUUGUCA